CCCCCCUGAAAUAAGCGAACACCGAUUCUACUUGCAAAAAUGGAGGAAACAAACAUGGAGGAUGCCGAGCAAAACCGGGAAACGGAGGUCGCCCCGGCUCUUAUAGCAAUUCACCCGACUCAAGAAUCCGUUGCCGUGUCCGUUGGCUCAGACCUUCGCGUCUUCAAUAUUCGAGGCCAUUCAGAAUCAUUGUUGGAUAAUUCUGCGGGGGACGUGCAUAAGGAUUCAAUCAGAGCGAUCCGAUAUGGAGCAGAGGGGAAGCUAUUUGUAUCUGCAGGUGAUGACAAGCUUGUUAAAAUCUGGGUUACUGAUUCGUGGAAAUGUACACAUACUAUUUUGUCCGAGAAAAGAGUCAGUGCUGUUGCCAUAAGCAAGGAUGGUUGCUUGGUAUGCUUUGCAGACAAGUUCGGAGUGGUUUAUGCAACAAAUUUAGAAUUUUUUCAAGAAAAGAAGGAAGAUAUUCUCAACAAGAAGCCAGUUCCAAUUCUUUCCCAUUAUUGCAGCAUUGUUACUAGCCUGGAGUUUUCACCAGAUGGGCGGUUUAUCGUUAGUGCUGACCGAGACUACAAAAUCCGUGUUACUGUAUUUCCUCAAAACCCUUUAAAUGGAGCUCAUGAGAUCCAGAGCUUUUGCCUUGGCCAUACCGAGUUUGUCUCCUGCCUUACCUUUGUUUGCAAUCAGGAAUUUGCACAAGGCUUUUUAGUUUCUGGGGGUGGUGAUUCUUCAGUUCGCCUGUGGGACUAUCUUUCUGGCUCUCUUCUAGACACAUGCCUUGUUGGAGCACAGGCAGGAGUUGCACAGUCAAAUGGAAGUGAAGAAGAUUUUGUUCCCGCAAUCACUGAUAUAUGUGCCACUCCAGACGGAUCAUUAAUUGCAGUAGCUGUACAGAGCUUCCCGGGGGUGAUGCUAAUGACCUGUGAGCUUUCUACAAGAAAUCUCUCUGUUUUCAAAGUGGUCCCAGUUGUUGGUCCAGAGACUUUUAUUCCGACAAGCUUGGGGGCUGCUACCAUGUCAGCAGAUCUAUUAUGGCUGGUCAUGGGUGUCUCUGGUCUGAAUGCUGAGUCAGCAGGAGGAUCAUUGGUCCGUGUGAGGGUUCUGUCUGGUUUCAGGAAGAGAGCUGAUAAAGAAACAUUAUUUCUUGACGAUAAAGAUGUGCCAGGGGGUGAAGAAACCAUUGAAAAACUGCAAGGGGGCCUGUGCAUCAAAACAGAGGCCUUCGUAGCAGCGGCGGAAGCAGUCAAGACAGCAAUGAGAAAUCUUUUCAUCAAGAAGCAAUAUUCUGCAGACAGACGGGAGUUCAGGAAGAGGGGCAGAAAUGACAGAAAAGGAAUGAAGUGAUAUCCCCAUUUGUUUAUUUAUAUAUGUAAAGCAGGGAAGGCUGCUGGUUUUGAAGUUGUUUCGCGGUCUUCUCAUGAUGCUGUUGUAAAACUAGUUGAUAGUGAAAUAGUGUGUUUGAUUUUCUUGAUUUUGCCUUAUAAUGAAGGCAUUGAGUGAGACACUAGACUAUUCUUAUCCAUGAAUCUAUUAUACUAGCACGGACUUGUCUCUGUUCUUAUUAAUCCCCACUUUAUUCUUAUCUCUAAUAGUUCAACUAAUGUCGAAAUGUUUUCGACAUUUAUUCAAAACAAUAUUGGAAAG